AUGGAGAUUGCUGCCUUCGAUUUCACUCUCUCUCAAUCUUUCCUUAUAGCCUCAUCUCUCACUCUCUUCUCUCUCUUACUAGCUCUCCUCACUCUCCGAUCAAAAUCUCCCAAAUCUAAUCUCACCGUCCAUUCAUCCACGUCAGCAGCAUCAACUGGAAAAACGAGAACCUGCAGCUGUUGCUGCUCUUGUAACGGUGAAAUUGUAAGUGAUAAUAGUACGGAUUCUGUUACGGCGGAGGAGAAGUACGUGAACGGUGGCGGGGAGGCGGAGGAGAUGGUCGUGGAGAAGCAGACCGGAGCGUCGAUGAUGGAGCAGUUAGUACCAGAGAUUACGACACACGCGCUUAGUUAUUUGGAUUAUCCGAGUUUGUGUAGGUUAUCGAUGACUAAUUCGUUGAUGCGUAAAGCUGCUAACGAUGAUAAUGCGUGGAAAGCGCUUUAUCAUAAGGAUUUUACAUUGGAACAAGAUAGUGUGACACCUGUUAAUGGGUGGAAGGCUUACUAUGCGGUUACAAGAGCCAUUGUGAAUGUCAAUACAGAAUUCUUUAACAUCAUUAGAGGAAGAUCUCUUCAAGCAAUGAGUCAAUUAUGGCUUAAUGCAGAUUAUGUGAAGUGCACCCAUGCAUCUGGCGAAAAUUUUUCAGGGUAUAAUGCUGUGAUACAGAGUUGGCAGUUUGCAUUUAAUUGGGAGCAAGGGUUGGACUUCCAGGUUCGUGAUGUAAGGGCUCGUGUGAUGACUGACAUGGCUUGGGUUACCAUGAAAAUGUAUGUUGUUGAGAUGGAAAAUGGGCCAUUUAACGUAACUAAUGUCUUUGAGUCCCACAAUGGGCGGUGGUACCUGGUGCAUCAUCACAGUUCAGUGAUGAUCAUCGAUGGGGAGGUGGAUCAACAGAUUGUGCAUGCAUAA